AUGGCGACAAAUCGAAGUGGAACUUCAUUUGUCAAAACAAAAAGGAUGGAAGGGUUCAGUGAUCAUCUCAUAUUUGCAGCUUGUGAGUGGUUUUUGAUAUUCCUAUUGCUGCUGGAUUCGUUGCUAUUGUAUCUUCUCAAAAAGUUUGCGAGUUAUUGCAAGUUGCAGUUGCCUUGUUUUUUAUGUUCUAGGCUUGAUCAUAUCUUAGAUGGUGAAAAGCCAGAGUUUUAUCAUAACUUGUUUUGCGGAAAUCACAAAUCUGAGAUAUCGUCUAUGGUGUUGUGUCAUGUUCAUGGUAAACUUGCGGAUGGUCAUAGGAUGUGCGAUGAUUGUCUUUUGUCGCUUACUACAAAUACCAAGCGCAACACGAAAACUCAUCGGUUGUUGGCUGGUAAAUUUGGGGUUGUUAUGGGUGGUUCUGGUUAUCAGAACUCAUCGUUGAGCCGAGCUUUGUUUAGUGGACCUAAGGGAUCAAGGCCGUGUAGUUGUUGUGGUAAGCUUUGGAAGUUGGAACAGAAUGGUUUGAGAUCUCUGCAUUUAAAAACGCCUGGGAGAGCUGUUAUUAAGCCGUACGUUCCUCUGCCACGUGCGCCGAGACAAAGCCGUUUAAAUCAUCGCGAUAGCAUGAAGAAAGUUAGGGAGAAAACUUGUGAAACUGAUGGAAAAAGAAGCUUUCAUGCUUCGUCUCAUCUUGGAUAUACUGUGUUGAGACUUACUUCGGAUACUGAGUCUGAGUUUCAAUUUUCUGAUGAUGAUGAUGAUGGUAAUAUCUUUCGUGAAAAAACUGAAGCUAGCAAGGCUACCAUUACUCAAAAUGUAUCAGAAAUGUCGACAGAACACGCAACAGGUGAUUUGAGUCCAAUAAAGCUAAAGCCUAGUUCCCCCAAACAUGUGGAAGAAAUUAACCGACCGCAAGCAGAUCAAAACUCAUCAAGUUUUGACCUACCUGAGCUGAUUUCACUAGAUGAAGUUUCACCAUCGCAUGUUGUUAAUAAAAAAUCAGAACGAGAAUCAGAAGAAUGUAAGAUUACUGGACAUUCUGAGAAUUCUCUUCCUGAUGAUCUAUCUGAGCUCAUGACUUUGGAAGGGUAUCACACACCUGUCGGAGACUCAUCGGAAAAAUCUGUAGAUAUUACACAAGCAGAUGAUACUGGACUCGUAUCCGAAAAGAAUGGGGAAGUCUCAGAAAAGAUAGAUAGAAACGAAGAUGCAUCUACUGAAAUUGAUACGAUGGCAUGCGACACCGCUCCUCAAAGUCUUACACGAGAGAAUUCAACAGAAGUACCGGAUUUUGUCACAGAACAACCACCCUUCAAUGAAGUUGUUGAAGUCAAGGAAGAACAGGAGUCUAAUAUGUCAUCAGUUGUUCCCACAAAUCACGUUCACUCCCCAGAGAUAAAUGCCGAGACACCAAAAUCUUGUCUUGAAUCUUUGGAUGGAAGCAGUAUGACGGAAAUUGAAGGAGAAUCCAUUAUUGAUCGAUUGAAGCGACAAAUUGAGUAUGACAAGAAAUGCAUGGAUGAUUUACAGAAAGAACUAGAGGAAGAAAGAAAUGCUUCUGCUAUUGCCGCAGACGAAGCAAUGUCUAUGAUCACAAGGUUACAAGAGGAGAAGGCAGCAUUGCAAAUGGAGGCCCUUCAAUACUUAAGAAUGAUGGAAGAGCAAGCAGAAUAUGAUAAUGAAGAAUUUGAGAAAGUUAAUGAUCUACUCACAGAAAAGGAAAAAGAAAUACAAGAUUUGGAAGCCGAGUUAGACUAUUAUAGGUUAAACUCAAACUUAACGAACGAACCUAUGGUUCAUAAUAUGCACGAGCAAACUAGAGAUCCAAAGGAGGAAUGUGUAACGCCACAAAGCAUUUGUUUUCAUAAUAUCACAGAUACUGUAAACAAUAUUCCCAGUUCAAAAUUGUCUGAGGAAUCCAAAGUCAGUGACGAAGUUGUGGAUGGUGAAACCUCUGUUUUAGAAUUUGAAGAGGAAAAGCAAUACAUUUCACAUUGUUUAAACUUCUUGGAAAAGAAACUUCAUCGAAUUUCUUUUAAUAAGGUUUCCUCUGAAGCGUCUAAUGUUGAACUUGAAAAGCUUGAAACUAGUAAAUUGAAUCAACAAGGAGAUUCUAACAGUGAAGGGCCCCAUUUAGAUGGUCAUGAGGAGACUGAUUUGACCAUACAGAACGAUCAAACGUUAAAUGGAAAUCAUGAUGAUAAGGAUGCCUCAGCUGCAUUAGAUAAUGAUGAUUGUUCUCUUAGUAUUGAAAACAACGAUUCCACGUCUGCAGAACCACAAUCUUCCAAAUCAAGAAGAGAAACAGAUUUGAUUUCUCUAGAAAAUGAAAUAUCAGACCUCCAUGACCGGUUAGAGGCGCUCGAAUUUGAUCACGAUCUUAUUGAGCACAUAACAAAUUCUCUUCAAAAUGGAAAUGAUGGCAAAAAAUUUAUUCAAGACAUAGCUCACCAAUUGCGCGAGCUACGGAAAAUUGGAAUAAGAUCAAGAUGGUAA